AUGAAAAUAGCCGUAGAAGGAUGUGCCCACGGCGAAUUAGAUAAAAUUUACGAAUGUAUUGAAACUAUUCAAAACAGAGAAAGUAUAAAAAUUGACUUAUUAAUUUGUUGUGGAGAUUUUCAGUCUGUACGUAAUAAUGAUGAUUUACGGGCAAUGGCAGUGCCAGAAAAAUAUCAGAAUAUUUGCACCUUUUAUAAAUAUUAUAGUGGAGAGAAAGAAGCACCCGUUUUAACCAUAUUUAUUGGAGGAAACCAUGAAGCAUCUAAUUAUCUACAAGAACUGCCAUAUGGGGGUUGGGUGGCUCCAAAUAUUUUCUAUAUGGGUAGAGUUGGUGUUAUUAGAUUUGGAAAUUUACGAAUAGGUGGAUUGUCUGGAAUUUAUAAAGGCCAUGAUUAUUUACAAGGACUUUGGGAGUGCCCUCCUUAUACUCAAAAUUCAUUAAGAUCAGUCUAUCAUGUAAGAGCAAUAGACGUUUUUCGUCUCGGUCAAAUAAAAGAUAAAAUUCAUGUUAUGUUAUCACAUGAUUGGCCAAGAGGAAUAACUAAUUAUGGUGAUCAAGAAAAUUUAUUAAGACGAAAACCAUUUUUUCGGGAGGAUAUAGAAUCCAACCAAUUAGGUAGCCCACCUGCAGAGAAAUUACUACAUACUCUUAAACCUCAAUAUUGGUUUGCUGCACAUCUGCAUUGCCAAUUUGCAGCAUUGGUGAAACAUGAAAAUAAUGAAGAAACAAAAUUUUUGGCUCUUGAUAAAUGCUUACCGAAAAGAAGACAUCUGCAAAUAUUAGACUUGCCUUCUGAGUAUGAUGGUGAUAAACUUCUUAAGUAUGAUGCUGAAUGGUUGGCAGUUUUAAAAAAUACUAAUCACCUUCUUUCUGUGAAAAAUAUUGAUUGUCAUUUACCAGGACCAGGAGGCAAUGAGCGAUUUGAUUUCACACCCACAAUAGAAGAAAAGGAAUCAAUAGAAAAAUUAUUGAAAACAUUAACAAUAAAUAGUAACGUAUUUGUAAAGACUGCUCCUGUAUUUAAGCCAGGAUCUCGAAAAAUAGCACCCACUGAUCCUAUAGUGAAUCCACAGACAACAUAUAUUUGUGAGAAAUUGGGAAUUGAUGAUCCCAUACAGGUGGUAAUGGCCAGAUCAGGUAGAGCAAUGAAACCACCUGCCGUAGAAAAUGAAAUUUCUAACAGUAAAAGUAAUGAUGUUAAUAUUAAUUAUAAUGAAUUAGUAGAAAAUGCUCCUAUAAAGCUACCAAAGCUGUCACUUCCAGCGCCUGUCACCCCUAGCAUUCAUGAAAAUGAGUCAAAUUGUGAAAUAUCACAAAACACAACAUUUACUCCAGAAAGCAGUUUUUUAUCUGAUAAUGACCAUAAUACAUCAGAUUGCAUGACACCUCCAAGUGCCAUUAAAAAAGUUUUCAAAAGACGCAAUCUUUCAAUGUAUACACCAGAAGAAGAUGAAUUUAAUACAAAUGCGAAUAACACACCAACAGAGUUAAGUAGUCCACACUCAAGUAAACUUCCUUGUAGAAGUAAUGAGUUA